AUGGGCAAGCGACUUCGAAGGCGUUCGUCCAAGAAGGCGCGGGCACAGACAGACGCCGAUGUUGAUGGAGCUGGCAGUACCGCUCCUCAGAAAGAUGAAUUGGAUCAUGCGAGCAAGCACGAUAGUGGUGAAUAUGAACAUCAAGAAUCUGUGAACGACGAGGUCGUGCAUACAACUUCUGCGCACGAAGCGAGUACCGAGUCAGAACCUGCGCUAGAACAAGUGCAUCACAACGAUGCAGAUCAUGAGCCUGAUGUAGCGGUCGCUGGCGAUAUGAAAAAGAAGCGCAAACGCUCGCGCAAACGCAAACGUUCGAAUGUGCCGCAUCCCGGGCCAGACACAGAGUUCAUCGAGGACCUUAGCGAUUCUGCAAAGAAAGCGAUAGCCUAUACCCAACAAUAUCUCUGCGAUAAGGAAGCGUGGAAGUUUUCAAAACAGCGGCAAAAUUGGCUUUUGCGCCAUGUUUUGUGGUCGCCCCGCAUUUAUGAACUCGGUCGUCAGCUCACUGAAGUCCCACAAGAGGAGAUUGAUGAACAGGAAAAGCUCCUUAUACCUCCUUCGCUUCCUCUACCAGACAAUGGCUCGUGGAUCGCUGAUGAGUACGUGUCUGUUGUAGCCUUCUACCUCGCAAGUAUGAUGGGUCUCGCCAAACAGGUACCGAAUGUUGCAUGCGUUGGAAUCUGCGACAAAUCCUCCUUUGGCCCCAACAACAACAUCUGA